AUGUCCUUGAAGAUUCAGACAAGCAAUGUAACCAACAAGAAUGAUCCCAAAUCCAUCAACUCUCGGGUCUUCAUUGGAAACCUCAACACUGCUGUAGUGAAGAAGUCAGACGUGGAGACCAUCUUCUCCAAGUAUGGCCGUGUGGCUGGCUGCUCCGUGCACAAGGGCUAUGCCUUUGUCCAGUAUGCCAAUGAACGCCAUGCCCGGGCAGCUGUACUGGGUGAAAAUGGACGAGUGCUGGCUGGGCAGACCCUAGACAUCAACAUGGCUGGAGAGCCCAAGCCCAACAGACCCAAGGGACUAAAGAGAGCAGCAUCUGCCAUAUACAGUGGCUACAGCUUUGACUAUGAUUACUACCGGGACGACUUCUACGACAGGCUCUUUGACUAUCGAGGCCGCCUGUCUCCAGUACCAGUGCCCAGGGCGGUCCCAGUGAAGCGACCCCGGGUCACAGUACCCUUGGUCCGCCGUGUCAAAACUACCAUUCCUGUCAAGCUCUUUGCUCGCUCCACAGCCAUCACCACCAGCUCAGCCAAGAUAAAGUUAAAGAGCAGUGAACUGCAGACCAUCAAGACAGAACUGACGCAGAUCAAGUCCAACAUUGAUGCCCUGCUGGGCCGCUUGGAGCAGAUUGCUGAAGAGCAGAAGGCCAAUCCAGAUGGCAAGAAGAAGGGUGACAGCAGCAGUGGCAGUGGUGGCGGUAGCAGCAGCAGUGGUGGUGGCAGUGGCAGUAGUGGAGGUAAUAGCCGUCCACCUCCACCCCAAGAGGACACGGCUUCUGAGGCUGGCACACCCCAGGGAGAAGCACAAGCUCGAGAUGAUGGUGAUGAGGAAGGGCUGCUGACACACAGUGAAGAGGAGCUGGAUCACAGCCAGGACACAGAUACGGAAGACGGGGCCUUGCAGUAA